AUGGAGGCGGAGCCGCCGCUUUACCCGGUGGCGGGGGCCGCGGGGCCGCAAGGCGCUGAGGACCGGCUCGGAGUCCCCGACGGGCCCGAGGCCCCGCUGGACGAGCUGGUGGGCGCGUACCCCAACUACAACGAGGAGGAGGAGGAGCGCCGCUACUACCGCCGCAAGCGGCUCGGCGUGCUCAAGAACGUGCUGGCGGCCAGCGCGGGCGGCAUGCUCACCUACGGCGUCUACCUGGGCCUCUUGCAGAUGCAACUGAUCCUGCAUUAUGACGAGACCUACCGCGAGGUGAAGUACGGCAACAUGGGGCUGCCCGACAUCGACAGCAAGAUGCUGAUGGGCAUCAACGUGACGCCCAUUGCGGCCCUGCUCUACACGCCGGUGCUCAUCAGGUUUUUUGGCACCAAGUGGAUGAUGUUCCUGGCUGUGGGCAUCUAUGCCCUCUUUGUCUCCACCAACUACUGGGAGCGCUACUACACACUUGUGCCCUCAGCUGUGGCCCUGGGCAUGGCCAUUGUGCCCCUUUGGGCCUCCAUGGGCAACUACAUAACCAGGAUGGCCCAGAAAUACUAUGAGUACUCCCACUACAAGGAGCAGGAUGAGCAGGGCCCCCAGCAGCGCCCACCACGGGGCUCCCAUGCACCUUACCUCCUGGUCUUCCAAGCCAUCUUCUACAGCUUCUUCCAUCUGAGUUUUGCCUGUGCCCAGCUGCCCAUGAUCUACUUCCUGAACCACUACCUGUAUGACCUGAACCACACGCUAUACAAUGUGCAGAAUUGCGGCACUAACAGCCAGGGCAUCCUUCUCGGCUUCAACAAGACGGUUCUGCGAACGCUACCGCGGAGCCGAAACCUCAUUGUGGUGGAGAGCGUGCUCAUGGCGGUGGCCUUCCUGGCCAUGCUGCUGGUGCUGGGCCUGUGCGGAGCCGCAUAUCGGCCCACGGAGGAGAUCGACUUGCGCAGCGUGGGCUGGGGCAACAUCUUCCAGCUGCCCUUCAAGCACGUGCGCGACUUCCGCCUGCGCCACCUCGUGCCCUUUUUCAUCUACAGCGGCUUCGAGGUGCUCUUUGCCUGCACUGGUCUCGCGCUGGGCUACGGCGUGUGCUCGGUGGGGCUGGAACGCCUGGCGUACCUCCUCGUGGCUUAUAGCCUGGGCGCCUCGGCCUCCUCGGCCCUGGGCCUGCUGGGGCUGUGGCUGCCACGGCCGGUGCCCCUGGUGGCUGGGGCUGGACUGCACCUGCUGCUCACUCUCAGCCUCUUCUUCUGGGGCCCCAAGCCCCGGACCCUGCAGCACAUCUGGACCCUCUACGCAGUAGCCGUGCUCUGGGGUGUGGGCAGUGCCCUCAACAAGACUGGGAUCAGCACACUCCUGGGAAUCCUGUAUGAGGACAAGGAGAGGCAAGACUUCAUCUUCACCAUCUAUCACUGGUGGCAGGCUGUGGCCAUCUUCACCGUCUACUUGGGCUCAAGCCUGCCCAUGAAGGCUAAGCUGACGGUGCUGCUGGUGACCCUGGUGGCGUCCGCCGCCUCAUACCUGUGGAUGGAGCAGAAGCUGCGGCGGGGCGUGGUCCCGCGCCAGCCCCGCAUCCCUCGGCCCCAGCACAAGGUGCGCGGCUACCGCUACCUGGAGGAGGACAACUCGGACGAGAGCGACGCGGAGGGCGAGCGCGGCGGCUGCGGAGGCGGCGGCCGUGGGGACUGCGCGGAGGAGGAGGCGCCGCCCGCGGGGCUACGACCCGGCCCGGAACCAGCCGGUCUCUACCGCCGGCCCUGCCCCUACGAACAGGCGCAGGGAGGCGAUGGGCCAGAGGAGCAGUGA